AUGGUCGCCGAACGAGCCACUGAAUUUGAUCCCUCAAAGAUCAAGGACCAAGCACUUCGAGACCUGUGUAAUGUUCUUGAAGGUGACUACGGGGUUGUCCAGCUACAUUGGAUUGAAGAUAAUAACAUCGACUAUACCGCUUCAAAGAACAUUCUUUACAUUGCAAGAUGCACAGCAAAGAAUGCCUACUCAAUAGCAUCGCAGAUUAAAAAUGCCCCGCGAAUACCUGGGCAAGACUUGGAAAACUCUUUGUUCUUUGUUCCGCGACGGACACCGUUGUGUGACCGUAUUCUAGAGGAUGAGGGUGUGUUCGGAGAUGUCACAAUCAAUGAAUACCCUCUAUACUUCAUACCUCUAGAACCUGAUAUUUUAUCACUAGAACUUGACGACGCAUUCGAGGACCUUUACCUACAUAAAACAUAUACCUCGAUUUUUAAUUCGGCAAAGGCCUUGAUGUUGCUACAGCAGCAGUAUGGUCUCUUUCCAAGGAUCACGGGACAAGGAGAUAAAGGAAAGAAGCUUCUGGAUGCUCUACUACGAAUGAGAAACGAAGCCGCCGCAGAAGAUGCAUCGACUUCCAUGGCGCUUGCCCCUAGCUCGAUAAUUGAGAACCUUGUGAUCAUCGAUCGGGAAACGGAUUUUGUCACCCCUCUGUUAACACAAUUGACUUAUGAGGGCCUCAUUGAUGAAAUAUUUGGAAUCAGCAAUUCCCAUGUCGAACUAGAAGCUAGUAUUGUCGGUACAGCGAUGCAAGGCCCGACGGAAGCAACCGGAAGGAGUGUGGGAACUGCCCCCGCAGCGCCUCAAGGAAAGAAACGAAAGGUGCUUUUGGAAGGCAGUGACCGGGUUUUCACUGAUCUCCGCAAUAACAACUUUUCUGCCGUUCCUGCGAUUCUGAAGAAAACAGCACUCCGAAUCGAUGCCGACUUUAAAAAGAAGGAUGACUAUAAGACCGUGUCGGAGAUGAAGACGUACGUGACAAAGGUCCUUGGUCCAGCACAGAAGGACAGGACUUCGCUAUCUAUGCACUUCAACAUCGCCGAAAUAAUCCAAAAGCACAUUAACACUGAACUCUUCGAGAAAACACUUGAAGUCCAGCAGUCGUUAAUAGCGGGCUACUCAUCAACCCAACAGCACGAACUCAUGACCGAGCUGAUCGCUCGAGGCGCCUCUCUAGAAACAGUUUUACGGCUUCUCUGUCUAUAUAGCUGCGUUAGUACUGGGUUUAAGCCAAAAGAUUUUGAUCUGUUCCGUCGUGAAAUCCUUCAAGGUUACGGCUACGAACACGUCUUAACCCUCGAUGCUCUUGAUAAGGUGGCAUUAUUACAAUCACGUACGGUGGCAGGCUCUGCGGCUGCUGCUGCCACGAGGACAAACUACGACUACCUUCGAAAACCAUUGAGAUUGUUUAGCGAGAGCGUGAACGAAAGUGAUCCGGAUGAUAUCGUCUACGUCUAUAGCGUCUACGCACCUUUGAGUGUCAGGCUUGUGCAAUGCGUGAUCCAAAAAUCAGCGGUAGCGCAAGCGGCUAGAGGCGGUGGAAGCUUGAAUCCAAAUUCAGUAGGUUGGAAAGGGUUUGAAGAUGUAGUUAAGAACGUGGGAGGGAAGACAUUUGACGAGGUCCAGAAAGGGGAGGACAAAGCAGUUAGGGCUAGGAUGAUCUUGGACGGCCAAAACGAGAAGAAAAUCACGGUGGUAUUCUUCCUGGGUGGUAUUACAUAUACAGAAAUUGCUGCGUUAAGGUGGAUAGGUAAACAGGAGGAGGGCAAGCGACAGAUUAUCAUUGCGACUACCGGCAUCAUUAACGGCAAUAACAUAAUCCGUGCAGCCACGACUGCUGCGCAAACCAAGCCCCGACCAACUUAG